AUGCCGCCGAUUCGACGACACCUCGAUCGCGCCCGUUCCACGGCGACGCCAUACCCCAACGGCUGGCUGUCGCGACGCCACCGCCGGAGCAGAACCAGGAGCGCCGAUGGUGAUGGGGCCCUACCGGCCAACGUCCUCUCCGAGAUCAUCGCCCGCGCAUCUUCGGGCGCCGCCGACGUCGCGCGCUUCUCCUCCACGUGUCGCCGCUGGGGCUUCGCCGUGGCCACGCACGCCGCCGCCAUCUGCCGCUCACUGCCUCCGCCCACACGGUACCAGACGCACCUCACCCUCGGCUUCUUCCAUCAAGAAAACGAAGACGUCCGCGCCUUCCACAGGCGCCGCCGACCUUGCGACUCCGCGCAGCCGAGCUUCGUGCCGACAGCGUCCGCCUCGCACCUCCUAGGCACGCUGUCGCUGGGCUCCCAUCUCCUGGGCGGCCUGUUCGAGCAUGCCCGCCCGGUCGCGUCCCGGAACGGGCGCCUCGUCCUGGAGGUCCGGCGCGAGGAGCGCGCCCAAGGCCUCACCCUCAGCGUGUACAACCCCAUGACUGGGGAGGUGUCCGUGCUUCCCUCCCUCGCCGGCGAGGACUGCCCCGGGUACUACGCGUGCGCCAUACUCACGGGCGACGAUCUUGACGCUGCCAGCACUCCGCCGGGCUUCUUCCGCGUGCUCCUCGUCUACAACCGUCACGGUUUCACGGCGCUGCGGAUCUUCUCCUCCGACGUCGGCAGCUGGGGGCCGGAAGGCAGGAUGCCUGGCGCCAAGAUGGAUGCCGGCAAGCUGCGCCGGCUAGGCCCCGCUGUGGUUGUCCGCGGAGUGGCCUACUGGCCCAUGCACCGUGCGGCGUUGGGCGUGCGCCUCGACGGUGCACUCAUGGACGUGUGCUUCGUGCCCUACAUCGAGCACUAUUUUCCGGACUACCGCUUGCUGGGCGUGACACCGGACGGGAGCCUGAGCUUCGUCUACGCCCUAUUCACCGGCCUCACCAUCACCGUCGAGAGCCUGAAGCCGCAGAGCCUGAGCACGGCUACUGAGUGGGAGUUGCGCGAAUUGAUCGACGUUCCCGAAGCCCCGGUGAGUCGAGGGACCGCUUUUAAGUUGCGGUGGUUCAACGAGAAGAGCGGCACUGUGUUAUUCACCACCAGGGAAGGCGGAGACGCUACCAGCGGCGCCUUCAUGUUGAACCUCGCGACCAAGUCCCUGGAGAAGCUUGCGGGCGGCGUCGAGUGCCAUGGAUGGAGAAACUUUUGCGGGUAUGAGAUGGACCGCGCGGCGCUCCUUGCGUCCAUAGCCCGUUUCUGA